AUGCCGCCGACGGCUGCCGAUCAACUCGAGCUUUGCUUGCGUAAAGAAAGCGGCGAGAUUUGGCAGAGGCGGACUUUCCGGACGGAGCUCAAGCACCUCGGGUGUGUGGCCGAUCUGAAACGGUUUUUGGCGUCGUUGGACCCGCGUUCGCCACCACCCCAGCUUGUCGCCCUAGAACAGUUCUGCAAACAAGACGGGCUCGUGGAGCUCGAGGACGAUGAAGACAUACCCUGGUCUUCACUCUUCUUCCCCGUGGGCUCUGUGGACGUCGAGGGAGUCGGAGUGCCCUCCCUCCUCCACUACAGCCUGAAGGAGGUCGACAUGCUUGGCUUCUUGAAGUCAAGGGGCUGGUGGAUGACUCUGCCGGAUGAGGCAUGGCCGAAGGCCGGGGGCAUCCAGAACGUCUUCAAGAUGUUCGAACCUUGUGUCAGCGUUCUUCUCGCGCACAUCCGCACGUCCUUGGGCAUGGCAGUGUACCAGGAGUUCAUGCUCUUGUGGAGAUAUUUGAUCCUCCACUUGCCUGGCCACGUCGUCGAUGCUGUACGGGAAGACGGCUCGACACUGCUGUCGGCCAUGCUUCAGUUUCUGCAUGAUGCGGAUCCCGAUGGGCUCGACGCCAUUGUCCUCGCAUUUAUUGAGCAGAAGACCCUGAAACCCGAGGUCUUGAACCGCAACGUGGUCGAUCGGAAGCGACAACUUUCUAUCCCAGUGCUAUGGUACUGUAGCAGCCUUAACCCUACAGUCGCCUCACAGAGUUCCUCCAAGAGGUCGCAUGCUGAAGUCGGCCUGGCCCUGCUGGAGCGGUAUAAGGUGUGCCCAAGCAUGUGGGACGUGACCCUCUUUGGCGGCUGCACCUUCUUGCAGCAUCUUCUGCAGAUCCCACCGCUGAAGGAUGCAGCCGCUGCGAAGCCUCGAAGCGAAGCUCUGCUUUGCAUGGCACUCGCCGAGCGAUUCAGCUUGCAGCAACUCUGCCAUCAGAACCAUCGAGGUCUCUGUGCUCUGACUUACGCGGAGCAGCUGGUUCAAGAAGUGGGCUCGAAGGACGACGGCAUCUGGCUUCAGGUUGUCGACUGCAUCAAGCGCCAUAUGAUCGCAAGGGCACACGAGCACCAGGGCCAGAUGACCGAGCUCGUUGUCCUCCUACAUCAGCUUCAGGAUGCUUUGGAUGUCAGCCAGGCGGACCCCGUCGGCAGUUGGCCCUGCGCGCAGCUUCGGCAGGUGGUCGACGCGGUAGAGGGCGUUGUCUUCCGGCUUGCCGUCGACAUCC